AUGGCUGUAUUUAAAGUUUUUAUUUUUUUUUGUUUUUUUUUUCUUCCUGAACAUGGGAUAUUGAAAGGUUCUAAGCGAGGCCGCCCGUUGGCCAUCACCGAUUCGCUGCGCAUCCGUGUGUGCGCUCGGGGACUCAAAAGAGCCGACAAACUGGGGUAUCUAUCCUUCUUCGGCCGACCAUCUGAAGUUAAAAAUGAGUCCAAGUGUGCAUCCAAAGUGGAUGACACGCUGUAUGAUAGUUGGGGAGUUAAACCCUUGUGGGAGUCCAAACCGUUUUCCCUAAUGAAGCUUCCAUUCAGCCCCCAAAGUAUGUCUCCCUUCCUAACUGAAGAAGCGGUGAAAUACCACUACAGCAAGCACCACGCCGCAUAUGUGAAGAACCUAAAUAAUUUAGCCGAUCAGCAUGGUGAACUGAGGAACUUGACUUUGGAAGAGGUGAUAGGAAGAUACUCUGGGGCGAUUUAUAACAAUGCAGCCCAAAUUUAUAACCACAACUUUUUUUGGUUGGGACUGAAAGAGCAUGGAGGUGGGAUGCCUUACGGCGAAAUAAAAAACAAAAUCGAAGAAUCCUUUACCACCUUUGAAAAUUUUAAAGAUAUCUUUAUGAAGGAAGCAUCAGGCCAUUUUGGUAGUGGAUGGAUAUGGUUAAUAAUGAAAGACAAGAAGCUGAUCAUCUACCAAGGACACGACGCCGAUAACCCCAUAAAAAAUAACAUUGGACACCCAAUCUUAACCCUAGAUGUUUGGGAGCAUGCUUAUUACGUGGAUUACAAAAAUGCCAGAGGAGACUACGUGAAAGAAUGGCUGAACAAAGUGAACUGGGAUUUUGCCAACUACAACUUGUCCACAUUAAAUUAG